AUGGCGAACGAAGAACAGAGAAGAGCUUUCGAGUCGUACAUGGGCCGCGCGAAUAGUGACAACGGGCAAGUUCGGAGUCCAAGCCAGCCUCUUGCUCAGUAUCCUGGGUCAGUUGCUCGGCUGGGCAAUCCGUAUCUUCAUCAACAAUUUCCUGGGUUCGGAGUGUCCCCUGCAGCACCAACACCACCUCCGGCAGCCUCGUCUUCUGUUGCUUCGUUUCUCGGGUACCAAGGCGGAUAUCCUCAACAGAGCUAUGGGCUGGGGAUCUACGGUCCAAACGGUAUUCCGCAGCGUCCGCCACCACUAGGUGAUCCUCAAGCACAGCAACAGCAAGGACUGCAAUCGACGCCAACGGGAAGCGCAUUUCAAGGACACACCCAAAGGUCUGAAAACAAUAGCGCACAGCCUCCGCCCCCAUUGAGUCAUAGUGGGUGGCCAUACAACCAUCCAGAUAGCGGAAUGGCCAGCCGUCGCGAUGGUCCAAUCGCAGGUGCCGUCAUUCCAUUAUCUCGCAGCCACACUCAAGAGAUGGUACGAUCAAGUUCGAGACACAGGAGGGAAGAGUAUCAUUAUCAUAAUUGUGACUCGGCUCAGACAGCCAAAGCACCGCUGGUAGAAGAAGUGGUCGUGCCAGUUAUGCUCUGUCAUACCUGCAGUCACUGCGGUCAGGUGCGCUCGGCAGGCUUCCACCGAAAUAACCCAGUCGUCCCUGGCAAACCUUUGGUUUCUACGCCGUGCCGCAGGUGCAAGAAGAAGCUUGACAACUUAUAUCGGUCGAGCAGCCGCUAUACUCGUAUCCAGAAGUGCACAGCCGAUGAGCCCUGCGAUUGGCCUAGGGAGCCAUUCCGAGUCGAUGCUGGACAAGAUGAGUCUAGAGGUAGGCGAAGAAGUAGAGAGGAGGUUUAUGUGAACAGGUACUCUCCAAGUCGACCCCGUGUAGUGAAGCGCGAAUCCAGCCUAGCACAUCUGGGUUUAGGAGCAUUCCAACAGGCAUCAAGAAAGGAACAAGCAGCUCGGAGGUCCUCAUCUAGUCCUUGCUAUUCUACAAGGUACACUAGCGGGGUGUGGCCCCCACCUGACAUUGUACGCAUGGAGCCAAAGCGGGCUCAUGAGGCGUGCUCUGUACCAUUUGGGCCAUCCAUAAGCUAUGCAGCGAAAUCUGACGAAGCAUGGCCUCCUCCAGACAUUGUUCGGACCCAUUCGUAUAGAGACGUGGAGAGAAAAUCGCUACGCCGACAAAGUUCUAGGAUCAUCGAACUCAGUCCCUCUCCUCCUCCUCCGCCUUCCCGGCCAAGAUCAAUCAGGGUUGUUUAUCGUAGCGAUUCGCAAGAACACCGACGUAAAAGUGCAAGUACAUCACCUUCUCGCGUCAGAUCUCGUGGAGAAAAGCGAAGUGAAGAAGCAGAAUCCCGUCUCAUAUCGCACCCCCUGCCAUUUCGAACAGUCAUUUCAGAUCGCCAACGUACCUCUUUCCGCGCGUCGGACGAGACUUGUAGUAAUGCCGAGUCAAUACCUCAUCAACGUCUAGAAUCACCAACCUGUAGCAUCUUGAAACCAGACAGCUCUGACCAUCACGACAUAACGUCCCAACGGAGAGCCAGUAUGCGCGCAAGCGAGCAAAGCGUGCACGUCGAGGUCCUCCGACCUCGUGUCCGGUUCAGGGGCGAGCGAAGAGAGGAACUGUCAGAUCAGGAACCGAGCAGAAGAUCAAGAUACGAUGAUGAAGAUGGGUCCGGCAAAAAGAAGUCUGGGUAUUACCAAGACCAUUCUCGCGAGCGCCUGCAGUAUGAAGCCCGACCUAGGCCACGCCCAAACCAAGACUUUAAAAAAGUUCGCACAAGGUACUGCUCUCCGAUGCAUGAAAGAGAUUAUGAAGAAGAAACCCGAGUGGAUAAGCAGCGUCGUAUCUCACCUUCACCUUCUCAUUCCCCGAGACGAAGCAGAGAGUACGAGGAGAUUCGCGUUCGCCAUGUUUCUCCUCUACCUAUCCGACGCUCAUCUCAUCCGCUGCAGCACUCUAAUCGUGCCCAAUCACCAUCACCACCACGACCGCCUCUGUACCGCCAUGUCUCACGCGCAAAAGCACUUAAUGAUGGACGCUCAGUCGCGUCUCCGCCGCGUUCUCAUUCUAGAGAGGAAGACCACACAGACUGUAGUAGUAUGGGCUCGGGGGAUGUGACGGUGGUGACGAGGACAUGGAGGGGUAUAGAUGAAAACGGAAGGCCAGCGACUUUUGUGGAGGAGAGAAGGGAGGUGAAGAUGCUUGCGGAAGGGAGUGAGCGGGGUGGUCCUACGAGGGAAUAUAGGGACUUGGGGUAUGGUGACCGGGUCAAUAGUCCUGGUGAGGUGUGGAGGGAUGUUUGAGUAUUGGAGGGACAAGAUGGUUUAAUGGUGUGAUUGAAAGGAAUUUGAAAUGGCAGGACUCGAGACGGAGUUUAUUGUGGUUUAGCUGUAUUUUAGAGAAGAAGAAAAAGGGAUCAUCAUGCAUAUUUUCAUUUCCAACAAGCGUAUCGAGGCUAAUACGUGAAGAAAGAGAGAAAAAAACGAACUUAAUACCUACUACUCCUCUUCCCCCCCCCCCCCCCCCCCC